UGGGCUCGCUACGUGAUUGGGAGGGAUUUGGGGAUUAAAGUUCUGGCUUUACGACAAAAUAGACCGGUUUGUCCCAAAUGUUGGGCCGAGCCAAAGGCACACGAUACCUGCCUAGCAAAUCUGGCUUCGCAAAAAUGCUACGCUGUCAGAAUAUCUUCGCCGUUUCCCUUGGAUCACACAAAUGCUGGGCACUUGGGCUAAUGGCCUACCCAUCAGAUAUUGGUGAUCAAGCUUACACACUAAUGUUGUGCACUUGGGCUAUCAUGGCGGUUGGGUCAGCAACAAUCCACUAUUUGGCCUAUAUUUCAAAACCCUUAACCCGAGUGCUCUCUCGCGGCGGAGAAAGAAGCAGAGAAAUUGCAGGGAGAUUUUUGGCGGCGUCGCGUGAUCGAGAAAUGGUGAAUCACAGAUUCCAUCAGUACCAGGUGGUCGGAAGAGGUCUCCCAUCGGAGUCCGAUGAGCACCCGAAGAUGUACCGCAUGAAGCUAUGGGCCACCAAUGAGGUCUGCGCAAAGUCUAAGUUCUGGUAUUUCUUGAGGAAGCUCAAGAAGGUGAAGAAGUCAAAUGGCCAAGUCCUAGCCAUCAACGAGAUCUUUGAGAAGAAACCAACCACAAUCAAGAACUAUGGGAUAUGGCUGAGGUACCAAAGCAGAACUGGUUACCACAACAUGUACAAGGAAUUCCGUGAUACGACCUUGAACGGUGCGGUUGAUCAGAUGUACACUGAGUUGGCCUCUCGCCACAGGGUUCGCCACCACUGCAUCCAGAUCAUCAAGACGGCUACCAUUCCUGCCAAGCUAUGCAAGAGAGAGUCCACCAAACAGUUCCAUAACUCCAAGAUCAAGUUUCCUUUGGUGUUUAAGAAGGUUAGGCCACCAUCUAGGAAGCUCAAGACCACCUACAAGGCAUCCCGGCCCAACCUCUUUGUUUAACCCUUUUGUUGCUCUAUAUUGCCGCUUUUGCUCUCCCGAAUUUUAUCAUUUUUCUUCGUUGUUUUUUCACAAUUUGGACAGACAGUUUGUUUUGGUAAAAACACCGUUUGUGGUUUAAGAGAGUUGUUUUUUAGUACUCCCUGUGAUAUUACUCUUCCCAAUGUUCACGUUCCCUUUUUUAUCCGGUC